UUUAGUUUGUUUAAGAUUUAAAAAAUAGAUUUGCAAAAAAAUGAGUACCGCAAAAAAGAAAAUAAAGAAACCUAACGUUUACAAGGAAGUUGCGGCCAGCUUUGAGCAACUUACUAAGCAUGCAGAGCACUUUCUCAAGCCGCAGCCGGAAAAGUGCAAUGCCAUAAAGGACCUCAUACAACAAACAUAUGCUAUCAGUAUAAGCGGAGAUGACGAAAACAAGAAGGAAAUACUGCCGGAGCUUGUACUUGAAGAUAUGGACGAGGAACAAAUUUGGCAGCAGUUGGAAAUCCGCAAUGAAUUAGUUUUGGCUCAGCUGAUCAAGCAAACUGCGGAGUUAACGGCUUUGAAGGAGCAGCAUCUUGGCAUUGAGUUGGAAGAGAAUGAAGACGAGGAGCAGGAAGAUGACGAGGAGGAAGAGGAGGAGAAGCAAGCCGAAGAAAAGGCACAAAAACUAAAAUCAAUGCCAGCUCCUGGAAAAGAAACAAAAACUAGCAAGAAGAUUCGCAGUUCGGUAGUUGACGAUGAGUUCUUCAAGUUGAAUGAAAUGAAGCAGUUUUUAGAACAAGAAGAUGCUAAAGAAAUGCGCAGACUCAAAAGCAAAUCCCAAGUUGAAGAUGUUGAGGGCGUCGACUUCUUUUCAUCUGGUUGGGGAAUGGGUGAAUCUGAUGAUGAGGAAGAGGAGGGAAAUGCAGACUAUCGAACUUUCUUUGGCGAAUCUCAACGGGAAACGCUAAGUCCGAGGGUCAAGCAACGGGACUUUUUCAACGAAGAUGAAAGCGAUGAUGCAGACCCAGAAGCAGAUGAUUUAGAAAGUGAGGAAAGAACGACAGAAGUAGUUAGCACUGAUGCAAAGAAACAGCAGCAUAUGCCAGAUGAUCAAACCAGUGAAAUUGAUGAUGCCGAUUUUGUGACUAGGUCAGGCAUUGAACCAGCUGACGAUUCCGAAUGUGACGAUAAUGAGGACGACGACAAUGAUUCAAAUAGUGAUGACCAUACUGACUCACAAGCCGCGCAGUCGUCCAACGAUCUGCGUGAGGCACGUCUGAUGCAGCGUAUACGGGACUAUGAGGAAAUUGUGCUUGGAGAGAAACCUUGGCAACUGAAGGGCGAGGUACAGGCUGCAAAUAGACCGCAAAAUUCACUGCUUGAGGAAAUACUUGAAUUCGAUUCGACAACACGACCAGCAGCGGCCAUUACGGAGGAGGAUAAUAGAACCAUCGAAGAAAUGAUAAAGCAACGCAUUCGCGAUCGCGCCUGGGACGAUGUGGAGCGUACCGUACGACCUGUGCAUACUCCACAGGAAUAUCGUAAGCAGUUGGUGCUCGAUCAGGAGAAGUCUAAGGAGUCGCUGGCACAGGUCUACGAGAAAGAAUAUCAGCGCGAGUUGGACAAACUCGAUCCAAAUCGUCAGGCUGGCGACGAAAGCAACAUUCCCGAGCCGAAAGAGCAUCAGGAAAUAAGACGUGCUCUACGUACGCUGUUUCUAAAACUGGAUGCAUUAUCCAAUUUUCAUUUUACCCCCAAACCAGUUGCUCCCGAAAUCAAAGUUGUCACUAAUACUCCCGCCGUGCAAAUGGAAGAAGUGGCACCGGUGGCCGUUAGUGAUGCCAAGCUGCUAGCUCCAGAGGAAGUAUAUCGUGGUCCGAAGCAUGCGCCGUUGGGAAAAGAGGAGCGGACGCGUACAGACAAGAAUCGUGAACGACGCAAGAAGAAACAGAAGCAGCGAGCCAUUAACGCAGCAGUGGAGGCACGGGAGCAAACACGAGCGAAGUUAGGCAAGGCGCCCACACAGCGCCACGCGAAUGCUAAACUCCUCAAGAGCAUUACCAAGAGCCGCAACGUGCAACAGAUCACUAGCAGCAACGAUCAGAGCGCGCUGAAAUCGUCAAAGGCUUUCUUCAACAAACUCCAGGACACAACAGCUUCCACAGUUGUUAAAGGCAAAAAACGUCCUGAAAAGAAUGCUGGCAGGGCGAAUGCAAAAAAGCUAAAACUUUAACAAUGUAUAAGUAUAUACAUACAUAUGUAUUAAGUUUU